AACAUUUGUAAGACAGAAAAUAAAGACUACGGAAGAACAUAUAGCAGUCUAACAUUUAUAUUAUGAAGUGUUAAAACGAUAUAAUGUGUUUCAAUUUCAAUCGAACACUUUGUCUUCACCGUGCGGUCAACGGAAAAUUAAUUACAUGCACUUUUUUUUGGUACACACUUUUUUUUAUAAGCUUGGUACACACAAUUAAUUGCAUGUACUAGUUGAGUGAUUUGAUCAACAAUAAAGCAUGCUGUAAAUGUAAUCUAUAAAUGGAGGAAAAAGAAAUGUUAAUAAUGAUAAAAGAAAGGCCUCUUCAACAUUCUCAAGUCACCAGAUACACCCUUCUCAUAAUUCACAAUGAGAGCACACAUAAUCUUUUGGCUUUUCAAGAUGCUUUUCAUCUUAACAAAUUUCAGCACCAACAUCUUUGUGGCAAAUAGCUACUGUCUUGGCCAUCAACGUUCAGCUUUGCUCCAGUUGAAGAACAACCUCACAUUUGACCCUGCAAAAUCCAAAAAACUAGUUCUCUGGAACCAAAGUGAUGAUGAUUGUUGCAAAUGGCAUGGGGUAACAUGCUAUGAAGGACAUGUCACAGCCCUUGAUCUCAGUCAAGAAUUUAUCUCUGGAGUUCUUGAUGAUUCAAGUGCUCUUUUCAACCUGCAAAAUUUACAAACCUUGAACUUGGCUUUCAAUGAUUUUCAUUCUGUGAUUCCUCUAGAGCUCUUCAAUUUGAAGAAUUUGAUGUACCUGAACUUCUCCAUGGCUGGCUUUCAGGGGAAGAUUCCAAAAGAGAUUUCUCAACUUAAAAGGUUGGUUAUUCUUGACCUGUCAUCAAACAAUCUUUUUGGACCAAUUGAUUCUUCACUAGCUGAUCUUAAAUCACUAUCUAUUCUGCAAUUGAGCCACAACAAUUUGUCAAGCACAGUGCCUGAUUCCUUUGCCAAUUUCUCCAAUUUAACCACUCUGCAUCUCAUCAAUUGUAGCUUAAAUGGCUAUUUUCCAAAAGAAAUUUUCCACAUAAAAACUUUAGAGGUCCUUGAUGUAUCAGAAAACAAAUUUCUUCAUGGUUCUUUCCCAAAUUUUACACCAAGUUGGUCUCUUCACAAUUUGGAUGUUAGCCAUACAAAUUUCUCAGGACAGAUUCCAGAGUCUAUUUCCAAUCUGAAGAAGUUGACUAAAAUUGAUACAUCUUACUGCCAAUUCAAUGGAACACUUCCAAGUUCAAUGUCAGAACUCACCCAACUUGUUCAUAUAGACUUGUCUUCCAAUAACUUUACAGGUUCACUUCCUUCCUUCAACAACUCCAAGAACCUCACACGCAUAUCCCUCUUUCAUAACCAUUUAAGUGGAGAAUUACCGUCCAGCCAUUUUGAGGGCCUUUCAAAUCUUGUCAGCAUUGAUUUAGGGUUCAAUUUUUUCACUGGGAAUGUCCCCAAAUCUGUUCCUAAACUCCCAAAUUUGAGAGAACUUAGCCUUCCCCAUAAUCAACUGAGUGGUGUCUUGGGUGAGUUUGACAAUGCAUCUUCCCCAAUGUUAGAGGUGCUUGAUUUAGGCAACAAUAAUUUAGAAGGGCCUUUUCCUUUGUCUGUGUUUAACCUUAGAACACUACAUGUCAUUCAACUUUCUUCAAACAAGUUUAAUGGCACGGUAAAAUUGGACCUGAUUCGAAGGUUGAGCAUUUUGAACACACUAGGCCUUGGAUAUAACAGUUUGACGGUUGAUAUCAACUUCAGAGAUGAUCAAGACUUGUCACCAUUUCCUAGUUUGACAAAUGUGAUGUUGGCAUCCUGCAAGAUGAAAGGAAUCCCCAGUUUCUUGAGAAACCAGUCCACAAUACUAUAUCUUGACCUAGCUGACAAUGAGAUUGAAGGAGCGAUACCGAACUGGAUUUGGCGACUCGAAGUUCUUGCUCAAAUGAAUCUUUCCAAAAACUCUUUCACAAGUUUCGAAGGGAGUUUCUUGAACAUUAGCUCUUUUCUUUUUGUACUUGAUAUCAGUUCAAACCAACUGCAAGGGCCUAUUCCUUUCAUUCCACAGCAUGGAUAUUAUCUGGACUACUCAAACAACAGAUUCAGCUCAUUCAAUCCACCGGACAUUGGGAAUCACCUCACUUUCACAACUAUUCUGUCUCUUUCAAACAACAGUUUCCAUGGACCAAUCCAUGAAUCCUUCUGCAAUGCUUCAAAUAUUCUCCAGCUAGAUCUUUCCGACAAUAACUUUACCGGGGAGAUUCCCGAGUGCUUUGCAAGAAUGAGUAGCACUCUCAGGGUAUUAAAUUUGGCUGGAAACAAGCUCCAAGGUUACAUUCCUAAAAUUAUUUCAACUUCAUGUCAAUUGAAGUUGUUUGAUUUAAAUGACAAUCUGUUGGAAGGUACCAUCCCGGAAGCUUUGGCUAAUUGCCAGAAACUACAAGUCCUAAACCUUGGAAAGAAUGUGUUAACUGACAGGUUUCCAUGUUUCUUAAGCAACAUCACCACCCUGAGAAUCAUGAUUUUGAGGUCGAACAAGUUCCAUGGGUCUAUUGGAUGCUCAAACAGCACUAGUGAUUGGCAGAAUCUUCAUAUUGUUGAUCUGGCCUACAAUAAAUUCAGUGGCACGAUACCAGGAGCACUUCUAAACAGUUGGAAAGCAAUGAUGCGGGAUGAAGAUAAAGACGGGACAGAAUUUGGCCACUUGUCUUUGGAUCUUGUUGACAACUACAAUCCUACGAGCUUUCAGGAUGUAGCUUCACACUUGAGCAAAAAACUUGGAGAAAAAUUGACUGAACUUGUUGCAAACGAAUCUCGCUCUAUCCUCGAGCAAGGUUCCACAGACUACUAUUCAGUGGAUAUUGCUCAUUACCAGGAUUCAAUUAACAUUGUCAACAAAGGUCAUCAAGUGAAGCUGGUCAAGAUUCAAAUGGCUUUAACUUAUGUGGACAUGUCAAGCAACUAUCUGGAGGGGCCAAUACCCAAUGAACUAAUGAAUUUCAAGGCAAUGAAUGCUCUGAACCUGUCACAUAAUGCAUUCAUGGGCCAUAUCCCAUCAACUAUUGGGAAUUUGAAGGAAAUGGAGUCUUUAGACUUGUCCAACAACUCUUUCAAUGGAGAAAUUCCUCAUGAGCUUGCAAGUCUACAUUUCCUUGCAUAUCUGAAUCUCUCUUACAAUCACUUGGUGGGGGAAAUUCCCAAAGGUACUCAAGUUCAAUCAUUUGAUGCAAGUUCGUUUGAAGGGAAUAAAGAGUUAUGUGGACCUCCUCUAACCAUGAGUUGCAGCAAUGAAUCGGGAUUGUCACCACCAGCAUCUGAAACACCUGACUCCGGUGCUGAUAGUUCAUCGGUUGAUUGGAACUUCUUAAGUGUAGAGUUGGGAUUUAUUUUUGGGUUUGGAAUUUUCAUCAUCCCCCUUAUUUCUUGGAAGAAAUGGAGAAUGUGGUAUUCCAAACAUGCAGAUGAGAUGCUGUUCAGGAUCAUCCCCCAGCUUGAUUUAGUGUAUGAAAACCGCACAGCGAAGAGGUACAAAACUCUAAGGUGGAGGCGCUGAGCACUAAUGUUUAGGACUUCUUAAUAAGGACUAUGUCCAUUAAUAAGGAUGUGGCUUGUGAUAAAGCAAACUAUUCAGUAGUUUUCACAUCCCUCAGUUUAAUUUAUGCUUGUUGUUAAAAUGAUAUGUAAGUAAUAUACGUAGAUACUAGUGUAGAUUCAGUAUUAUUGUAACUAUUUUUAUUAAUAAUAACAGAAGUUUUACAUUUGAA